CAUUUAUUCAGAAGCAAAAAUAAGCAUCAGUUGAUACAGUUCUUUACUAUUUAGUUAAUAUAUAUUUGUUACUAUUCAGCUCUUAUUUCAUAUAAAUCACAUUUAAUAAUUUUUAAAUGCUUUAAAAGUUGUUAUUCCAGAGUCACAUCAUUGGAAAACUUUUGCGUUUAACAGCCUGUGAUUUAUGAUAGUUCUCCAGUGUAAUUUGCCAUUUACAUUACAGUGGGGUAGAGGCAAUUUUCAAUUCCAAUGAUAUAGCAUAGCAUAGCAUAGCAUAGCAUAGCAUAGCAUAGAACAGAACAGAAUAUUGUCUAUAGUCACUUUAAAUGUACACUAAUUGAUACAUUAAAAUGAAAUGUUGUUGCAUUCGGCUCUCUGGGGGUCACCACCUCCAAUUGCACUAUAUAAAUAUGACCCAAAAAAUUGCAUAUAGCCAUAUACCUACAUAUAUUCUAUGACACAGAGAAACAAUGCAGUCUAGUUUGGAUAUAUAAAUGUACACGGAGAGAAAAAUGAUUUUGAAAGUUUACCAGAUGGAUGGCAUAGGGAACAAAGCUGUUACAAAAUCUGGUAGUCCUCCUGGAAAUACUUAGAAACCUCCCAGAGGAGAGCAACAGAAACAGACCGUGAAGUGGGUGUGUAGGGUUGCUAACAAGGCUUUGAACUCUUAAGUACAUAGCACUUAUAAGCAGCAUCCUGAAUACCAGGUGGCGAGCUUCCUAUGAUCUUCUCAGCUGUCCUUACCACUUUCUGUAAGGACCUUCUAUCUGAGGCACUGCUGCCACCAAAUCAGACAGUGAUGCUAUUCGUAAAAAAUGGCCAGGACAGGAGAAAGACGUCAUGUAUAUGUCAAAUAUCAUUCAGGUCAUUUCAAUUAUCUCACUGUUUACCUAGAUGUAGUAGUAAGUUAUUGUGCUUGUGUGAAUUUAGACAGAUAACAUAUCUAAUACACCUAUUUUCCCUACAACAGCCCUGUGAGGUGGAUUAGGCUGAAACUGACUGGCCCAAAGUUAUCCAGCUGGCUUUGUGUUUUAUUAAUUUCGGGUACAAGCGUUGCAUCAUUAAACCCACUUCCUCUUAAAAAUGCAGAGAAUUUUUUUAACUGAGGCAUAACAAGCUUAAUAAUUUUUUUAAAAGUUUAAAGUUGUCACUUGAUCCCACCGCAUGAACGCGAGGUAUGCCCUCUUGAGGAAUGUUGAAACAACUACAAUAACCGUCAUGCUGUGCGACUGAGGGACACAUGCGCAGAAUACCCUUGUUGCUAUGGGAGCCUGCGGUAGGGCCCGACGUCGGGCGGUCCUUCGGUAGGGUCCCUUCUCCUUUAGUCCCCCCGCGCUCUGGCAGCCGAAGUUACCCCGUUCCAGUUCGAGGGGGGGUCCUUUGUUGCCAUGGUGACCGUAGCGUUACUCUGGGCUCGCUAGCGAUGUUCUCAGUGGAGCCGGACAAGGAAGAGCGCCGCCGGAGCAGCAGCGAUGUCCCGCUCCCAAAUAAUCCACAGUGGCCACUUCAUGGUCUCGGAACCCCACGCCGAGUCGGACCCCGAUCCAGAUCUCGGUUCCGAAGAGGCCAUCAGCUCGGCCGAGCGAGCCGUUCGUUUAGGCCUGCAAAGCUGCGCGGCCGAGCGAGUCAGAGGACCCGGGGCGUUAGGGAAGGCUGCGGCGGGGAAAGCCGAAGGUGCGGCCCAGCCUGGUUUUAGGGCUCCCUACGACUUCGACACGGUGAACGAAGGCACCUGUCAGAUCUACCGCUACGGGCCGCGCAGCAGCGGCGCGCUCAAUAUCGACGCCUCCCUCACCAAGCUCUUCGAAUGCAUGACCCUGGCCUACAGUGGAAAAAUUGUAUCUCCCAAAUGGAAAACCUUCAAGGGGCUGAAAUUGCUGCAGCGUGACAAGAUUCGGCUCAAUAAUGCUAUUUGGAGGGCAUGGUAUCUACAGUAUGUGGAGAAGAGGCAGAAUCCUGUGUGCAGUUUUGUGACUCCCCUAGAGUGUAGUGACAUAGAUCAGCAUCGCAAGCCUGAGGCUGUCAUCAUGGAAGGAAAGUAUUGGAAACGCCAGGUUGGGGUUGUUAUUAGGGAAUAUCAUAAAUGGAGGACAUUCUUCCAUAUUCGGGAGCAGAAGAAGUUUGACAAACCAAUCUGUGAUCCUAGUCAGGAGGUGUCUGAUGCAGUUUCGGAGGUAGAAUUCAGCAAUGAAACAGCAAGUGGAGGACCUAUGGAGCUUGAUCCCUUACAUGAUCUGGAUGUACUUCUGGACACCAUGGUCUCCAGCCGCAACCCUUAUGGUGGUCCCAAUUUACGUGGUCUUGCUCACCAGGGUAAUGCUGACAUGAUCCAGCCUACUCUGACCCAACUUCACCCCAAUUUUGGAGAAGAAUUUGUGAACACUUUGGAUCCUAUUCAGGAAUUUAUUACUUCUUGUCGUCCUCAGCCUAUAUUCCAGGUUCCUGCACCUCUGCCAGAUGCUACUGCCUUACACCAGGACGCCUCCGAUUUGCCUUCUGUUGCCUCUCAUGCUAAGGAGCUCCCACCAUUGGGAGACCCAAUUCUGGAUGUAGAGCUGCCUACACCUUUGACUGGACAGCAGAUCUUCUUGCCAUUCUUCCCCACCUCUCCACCAAGGAUCAGCCCUCCACCUGCCCCUCCUAUCUUGCAUCUUCAGCCACAAACCACAUUUGUAUUUUCUGUUGUUACUAACACUGGAUUGGAAAAGACCUUGCCAUCCCCUUCUGGGGAACCUUUUGUUAUGCCAAACUGUGGUUCCUCAUCCAAGGGUGGAGGGGUCAGGCAGCUUCAGCGGAUUGCUCCAGCACCUUCUCCUACUCAUCAUCAGCCAGCAACACCCCAGGCUUCCUUCACUCCACUACCUACAACUGGUCCUGUCCCACUGGCCCUCACUCCAGUUACAAAAUCUGCUCAGAUUUGUGGCAACUCAAAUCUCUCAGCUGAUGUCCUACUGAGGUCAGUCUCCAUUACAAAGGAGCCUUCACCAGUGCCUGUCUCAGCUGCUGCCUUGCUUGAUAUUGGUUCCUCAAACCAGAAGAUAGUCAAGGAGAAGAAUCUGUGUAGUCACCAGGAAAAAUACAAACAUAAUCCUGUUCAGGGAAGCUGCCGAUCAAGUUUUACUUCUGCUGACUGUGCCCGUCGUAUGAUCAUUAGCUCAGGCUUUAACACUCUUGCCAGUCUAGUACUGUCAGGAUCUGAUCAAACCAGCACUAAGCUCAGCAAAGCGCUGCUCUUGCAGAAAAGUGUGGCAUAUGUAGGAAGACUACAGCAAGAACGCCGACAAAAUCAGGAAAUGGUAGAAAGACUGCGUGGAGAAAUUGAAGAGUUGAGCACUGCCAUUGAUAAAUUCCAGCGCCAACUUCCACCUAGUGGAGCUCCUGUAUUACCUCCACAAUCAAAUCAGGCUUCUGAACUCUAUGAAGAAUAUGUACGUCAGCGCACAUUAGAGGACUGGCGUUUUUGGAUUUUCAGUAUUAUAAUUAAGCCACUGUUUGAGAGCUAUACCAGAAUGGUGAACACGGGCAGCAUCAAGGAUUUCUGCCAAUCAGUGAUGAACUGGUUGGAGCAGCACUGCACAUUACCCAUCUUGCGCCCUGCUAUCUCUGGCUCUCUUCUGCAGCUGAGCAAAAUCACAUCCAUAUUGACUCAGCCAAGCCAUCUGCCUGGACAAGCUCUACGGGCAGUAUCUUCUCCACAGAGCAAGAGCAACAACUAGGACGAAAAUCUGGCUUCCUUCCCCCAGAGGUUGCUAGGAAUCCAGAAUAAGAACCUCUAACUCAGGAAAUCCCUUCAUCAUGGAAAUAAGGACAUUGUAACAAUAUUGGUGCUAGCUAUUCCACAGCAGGGAAUCUCUGGGGACCACCUUUGGUGCUGGUUAUCAUGGCAGAACAGUGGAAGAGUAGAGGGAACUGGACAAGGUAUGGAGUUACAAUUGUAGAAAGGAGUCAUCAGGCAUGGCUUUCAAGAUUUUUAUAGAACUGGGAAGAGUGUGGGUCUCCAUUUCCACAGUUUUCCCACCAGGGGGCAGUAAGGAUACUUAACGUGAUUCAGUUUCUCACAAAAUGUGAAAGUUUAUGGCUGGCAGUCCCUGAUGUGAGUGCUUAAUUACAGGUAGUCCUUGACUUACAACCAUCUGUUUAAUGAGCAAAGUUACGAUGAUCAUUUUUCGCAUGACCAUUGCAGCAUCCCAAUGGUCAUGUGAUCAACAUUCAGCCACUUGGCAGCUGACUCCUAUUUAUGAGGGUUGCAGUGUCCCAGGGUCAUAGGGUUACCUUUUUUCAACUUGACAAGCAAAGU